AUGUCCUCCUCAAUGCUUGCUGAUUAUCUACAAAGACGUGAGAAACUUAUCACAGAAGACCGCGCGUUGCGAACAGAUCAUGUUCGCUCGAAUUACACCGCAGCUGAACUGAAGGCAGAUAAAGUUGUGCGCUCCAUCCGUGCUAAAGAAGCUACCACUGUUUGGGGGAUUGAUCACGAACACGUCCCUCACCCCUACCCAGGGAUGGAAUUCUUGAAUGGCAAAGACCUCAUUUUACAGACGGAACUCUAUGAAAUAGUCUCCAAAAUGCCAAAGGGUGGGCUAUUGCAUGUGCACCAGAACGCCUCGGUGGAGGCAAAAACACUUCUUGAUCUGGCACUGAGUCAUCCCGCGAUACAUAUCCGCGUCCUGGGUCCGUUGGACGCAGCUUCUCUCGAAACUGUGCUGCCCAUAAUCCAACCAAUCCCUGUGGAACAGUAUCCUACUACCGAUGUAGUUGGUAUCACGGAUGUUUUAUACACCGGUGGCUGGGUUCCCAUCAAGAAGGCGCGAGAGCUGUUCGAUCCUGCACUAGGCGGCCCUGCCGGAUUUGAUAAAUGGGUGCUCAGCGCCUUUAUGAUCAAUCCCAGUGAUGCGUACGAUACGUACAAUACACCGAUGAAAAUCUGGAUGAAGUUUGGGAGUACCUUUGGCGUGACUGAUCCCAUUAUCCGUUUCGUGCCGAUUCAAAAGGAAUACUUGCGGAUGUUCAUUCGCUCAUCAAUAAGUGAUGGCAUCUCGUAUAUUGAGGUACGAACUAGUUUUUUCAAAAAGUAUAUACUUGCAGAGGAUGCGAAGACUAAACUUGAAUUACGCGAACUACUCCUGAUAUUCCAAGAGGUCACGAACGAAAUAAAAGCGGAAUUGAAGGCGAAAGGUCGGGAAGACGAUUUCGCUGGGUUGAAGAUUAUCUACAAUACCCUGAGAAUUAUCUCGUCCGAGGAGUUGGAAUUGGAACUAGAACAGUGCAGCAAAUUCAAGCAGGAAUUCCCGGACCUUAUUGCUGGAUUUGAUCUCGUGGGCCACGAGGACGGGGCGGAGUGUAAACCACUCAUUGAUUACGCAGAGCCACUUUUGCGUUUCGCCGAGCAGCAUCCGGACAUCCCAUUCAUCUUCCAUGCUGGUGAAACUCUGGGUGAUGGCACUGCAGCGGACAUGAACCUGUAUGAUGCCAUUCUUCUCGGAACGAAGCGAAUCGGACACGGCUUUUCACUAGCUAAGCAUCCAAAAUUGAUGCAAAUCUGUCGAGAGAAGAAAAUAGCAAUCGAAGUCUGCCCUAUAUCAAAUGAAGUAUUGCGUCUUACCUCAUCGAUGCCUAUGCACCCCCUCCCGGUAAUCAUGAACCAAGGCAUUCCUGUGGUACUGUCUUCCGACGAUCCUGCGAUGUUUAAUAGCAUGGGGCUGUCCUUCGAUUUCUUCCAGGUACUGGUGGCAAGUGAAGUUACGGGACUCCUUGCUCUUGGCCACAUGGCUCGUGACAGUAUUACGUAUUCCAUGCUAGAUGAACAGAGCAAGCGCGCCGCUAUGGAUGCAUGGGAAAGACGGUGGGCCAAAUUCGUAGAAGAAGUUGCGGCGAUGGAUCCGUGA